AUGGUGCUGCACGACAGCAGCUCGAGCUCGCUCUCGAGCGCCGCGAUGAACACGCGCAGCUUCCGCCACAGCAGCAGCAGUCGCAGCCGCCACCGCAACAACAACAACAGCAGCAACGUCCACAGCAGUAGCAACAACGACAUCAGCCACGGCCGCAGUCGGAGCAACAACAACAGCAGCAGCAGUCAUAGCAACCUCCAAGUGGACGACCCGAGCUCCUUUGGCUCCAUGCUGGACCAGCUGCACGCCGAGCAGAAAGGGACGAUCGAAGCGUUGACGUGUCAAGUGGAAUUCUACCGUCAAAGGGAAGAGCGCGCGCGUCAGGAGCUCGUCACGUUGCGCGACUGUCUGCCGCUGGCCAAUGACGACGAAGGCGCCGUCGCGUCUGUCGCGAAACUGGCCAGUGAGAACCGCGCGCUGGGUGACGAGCUGGACGCGUUGAGAGCCGAGAAGGGAAGCAGUGACCGGGGCUUGGCGCGGCUCGGGCGGCAGAAGAAGGAGCUGGAGCGGCAGCUCCGAGACGCGAAACAUACGCUCGUGGGGUUCUCGCAGGCGAUCGAACAGCUAGAGAUUAAGAUGCAACGCAAAGAAGCAGAAGUCCAGACGCGGUGUCUGGAGCUCGAGCAAAGGGUGGGCGACUUGAAGCACGAGUGCGGACAGCUGCGACAGGAUAAGACAACUAUGCGACAGCAGCUCGAGAACCUUCAGACCGCGAGUGACGAGAACGCAAGACUGCGCGGGGAGCUGCAGCUGCUGGUGCAGCAGAGUGCAGGCCGCCAUUGGAAUCAACACGUCAGCAGCAGCUCACGCUUUUCGUCCGAGCUCAAUAGCAUUCGGGAGAAGUUUAGUAGUUUGGAUGAUGAGAAGCGGAGACUGGAAGCCGAGAUCCAGGAGCUACAGCGAAAGUUGGAUGCACGUGCUGUUGAAGUGUCAACGGCUCAACUGGAAGUUGAACGUAAGAACUGCGAGCUCAAGGAACUGCAGCUGAAACUAGACAACGCAAGCAAUUUGUUAUCUCUUCGAGAACAGCUGCUUGAAUCGGACGAUAGCUCAAAGAAAGAGAUUGAGGCACAGCGACAGGAACUACUGAUGCUAGUGUCCACGCUGCAGUGUGAGAAAAGUGAUUUGCAACGUGAGGUUUCAAGCUUGCGCAGAGACCAAGAGACUGUCAAAGCCGAGUUGCAGACCGCUAAAUCACGUCUGGCCACGAAAGACCAUACCGUAGUUGUAUCGACACUGCGUAGUGAGGUUGCUUCAUUGAAGGAACGGCUCCGUAAUGAGUUCAUGCACGAGAAGGAUAGCCUAAAAUCUGACGCACAGUCCUUAACGCAGGAGAUCAGGCUGCUGAGGGGGCGCUUGGCAGAGAAAGACGUUGCUGCUCGUAACCUGAAGGACGAAAUCUUUCGCAAGGAUGAGAAGCAGAAGCAGACGGAAUACGACAUGCGGCAGUUGCGAGAGCAGAUCACCCGACUGGAAUGUGAACUGAGUCAGUCUCGAACCAAGUACGAGCAACUUCAGCAGUGCCGGACGUCGCUGGCAGAGCAGCUUGAUGUCGGGUUCAAGGAGUUGCUGAACGACGAAGAUAGUGCAGCGUCAGCGCGCGAAGAAGUUGAGAAGCUGCGCAGCGACGUGAGUCGAAUGAAAAAGAGUAUUCAGGCAUUAGAAACGGAACGGCAGACACUGACCGAGAAGCUGGAGCACGCUGACCGUUCGAACCAGGAGGCAGCGACGCGCCAAAGUGAGAAGAUUGACGAGUUGUACCGCCAGCUUUUGGAGAAAGAGGAGGUUAUCACGUCGUUGGAGAGUACUCAGCGUCAUGUGGCCCUAUUACAACAAGAGAAAGAGUCGUGGGAGGGAGAUGUGACUGACAUUCGCUUGCGCUGUGAGAGCCGAGUGGAAACGGAAGUUCGAAAGGCCGACGGUUUUCGCGCUCGAAUCGAGCAGCUAGAAAAGGACAAACUGUCUUUGAAACAGGAGAUUGAUACGCUUGAAGAUACGUGCGCAAAUUGGAAGGAGCGCGCUCAUGUAGCCGAGCGAUCUCUUCGCCAGAAAGUCGAGGAACUUGGCGAGCUUAAGCAGGACCUCGCGCGCCUCGAGAGUGAGAUAAUUGACGCUACCACGCGCGUUGACAAAGGAAAAGAGGAGAUUACAACUCGCGAGCGGAAACUGCUGAAGGAGCGAAAGAAGAUGGAGCGUGAGAUGGGGUUGCUCGUGCACCGUAUUGAGAGUGCAGAUCAACGGAAUUUCGAGCUAGGUGAGAAGGUGAUUGCGUUUGCGCAGCAGUCCAAGGUGGAUCAAACGGAUUUGGUGGCGUUGAGUUCCCAAGUGAAGAGCUACAGGAAGCAAGUCAAAGGGUUGGAAACUCAACUGGGACAGAUUCACCGUCGCAACGGGAUGGAAUCCGACACAAUCAGUGAUCUUCAGCGAAAGUUGAGUGAUCUGAUGUGUUUGAAGGAAAGCUAUCAGGUCGAGAUCAACAAUCUUCGGCAGAAGCUGGGUCAAGUGCAAAGUGACAAUAGUGCGGCUGUCCAACAGCGUGACGAAGCUGUAAAGCGAGUUUGCCUACUGAUGCAGUGCCGAGACAAGAUGAAGGCGACAGCAGAAGAUCACACGACGGAGCUGAUUGAGGAAAUCGAAGCGCUGCAGCAUCAGAUGGACAGUGAGCGCAAACGCUGUGCUGUGCUGCUGGCUAAUGAAAAGACAUUGUUGCGCGAUCUCCAAGAGCGGAACACUGCCAUUGCGAAGCUGCAGCGCACCAUAUCAGUGCUGCAGCAUCGAUCUCGCGACAAAUUUGACAGCGAUCAAUCCAGCAGCUCGAGUUCCAGUCGUAGACGGCGCUCUCGAGGUAGUAGCGGCGUUGGCACCCCGGUGGGCAGCAGCAACGAGUCCACGGUUCCUACAAAUACGACAAGUUCGCUGUCCCCGAAUGUUUACCGCCAUGACCUUCCCCAGCAGCAACAACAACAACUGCAACAAGCUCAGGAUCCGCUCGUGUCAAGUGCUGUAGCAAGCAGCGGGUCGAACGGGACGCCGGAAAAAGAGAUGGAGCAUCUAUUGAGCAACCUCGAGCGCAUCUCGGACUUUUCGACAGAGAUGCAGCAGCAGCAGCAGCUUGAUUGA